AUGAAGCCACCAGCAUCCCAGCUUCCACGCCUGCUGGCCUCGCUGCCCAAGGAGGGCAUGCACGCGCUUGUGCGUCCCGUUCAGUGGCCGGCGAACUCGUUCUGGCGCAUCAACCGCUCCAAGCUCAAGUUCAGCACGCAGGACGGCAAGGAGGAGCUGCGCGCUCACGGCACCGCUUGGGGACAGCUCUUCUGGAGGGGCAAGUACCUCCCUCACGCCCGCAAGCGUCAGGAGAAGGUCUCCGGCUCGCUCAAGUGGAAGUGGGUGCACAUCCCCAUGCGCUCGCUCGACGACAAGACCCGCGCGAGCGUCGAGGCAACCGCGCUCCCUGAGCCUUUGGUCAAGCCGCAGCGCGUGCAGAUCAAGGCGCGGCACAUUGCCGCGAUGGAGGCGGAGGCGGAGGCGGAGACUGCCGGCCCGAUUGCAGCGGAUGAGGCUAAGCCAACACAAUAG